UCGGAGCCGGAGAAGAUCAUCCUUCUAGCCUGGGUUCCGGGAAAAGCCUAGCUGCGCUGGGCCUCCUUUCCUGCCUCUUCGGAGCCUGGUCACGUGGCUUAGGCAGGGAGCUACAGGUCCCUCAGAGUGGGGGAGGGGAUGCUGGUGGGCUUUUCUUGCUCCAUCAGACCUGCACAAGAUCCCCGCCGCUUUCCACGGUUAAACGGAAGUGGGGCUCCAGCUGCUGGCCAGGCCCCUCCGGGAGAGCUUGGGCGACAGUGACAAAGGCGAGCCAGAGAACAUUGAUGCCGGAAGCCAGUGGCCAACCCCAAUCGUCAAUGCUGCCCGGGGCUGGGGGGAGGCCCGAUGGCAGCGGAGUCCGCAGAGGCCAGGCAUUCUCCCAGCCUCCAAUGGCACUGCCAACCCGAGCUCAGCUCCUAUGCUUCAGGCGGGCAAGGCACGGGGCGUUGGACCAGUUGGAGGGGCGACAGCGCCUUGUCCAGGGGCCUUGGGUGCUGCUGCUGUCACUGAAGACUUCCCAGCUGCCCCUCGAGCCUUCUGGCCAACGCUCCGAGAACACAAACAGGCCCGCGCUUCUGCCCAGUCAGCCUGGCCCAGAGGAGCCCGGGAGAAUGGCCUGGAGAAGGCCAACAUCUGGAGGCCCUUCGGGCCCUUCCCUGGGGUCGAAGGGGGCGCUCAAAGCUCUCGCUGAGAGCUCCGAAUCGAAGAAGCUGCUAUUUGGGCCCAGAGCCCCGCCGGUUGGGACCGUGGCCGCUUCCAAUUCUUCCUGGGGGUUAAACCUACAGAAAAGAUUCCUUUGGCCUGCAGCAAACCCAGCGGCAAAAGAACAGUAUAGACGCUUCCCUCCCGCUCCCAGCCUUAGUCUCCCUAGCCCGAGACAUGCUGCCCUCUGACUGGUUCUUUUCCAUCAAGGAGGCGGGGUUAAAUCGGCGGAAGGGCGGGGCUUCCUAGUAGCCCCACAUUCGUAGUCCCAUUGGUCAGAAAGGAAGCGAGUUCCCUCCCCAGAGGAGGGAGGGACUCGGCCCGGGACGAGAUCGCCAUUCUGAUUGGUCACGCGCCCAAAGGGGGGGCUACCCGGAGUCCGAGAUUGAACACGAGCCAGGCCGGAACCGAAGCUGGAGCACCCGAGCGGGAUGGCGAGCAGUCUGCGGACCGGCUCGGGCUCGGGUUGGACGGCGGCGGUCCGGAGGAUUUUGCAGCACUUCAGCUCCUCCCAGAGGCCAGGCUCCUCGGCUUUCCGGUGCCUCCCACUGAUGGUGGAGGGCCAGCAGGUGGGACUGGUGGUCCCCGCUGUUGCCCGGGAGCUGCGAGCUUUCCCCGAGGUCUUCGUGGAGGCGGCAGGGUGCCUGGAGCUCCGGGGGGGGCGCUGCCCUGAGGAGCGGACAGAGGCCGUGGCUCAGGUCCUGGCGAGGCUGCGGGCAGAGGGCCGCCUGGCGAGGCUGGCCCAGUGGCGAGACGAGGCAUAUGAGGUGCGGCCCAGUUUCGGAGCCCCGGCCUUACUGCGUGUGGAGCGAGCAGCAGCCCCCUUGCUGGGCAUCCUUCAGUUCGGGGCUCAUCUGAAUGCCUUCGUCCAGCGGCCUGCGGAGGGAGGCGAGCCAGCUUCGUGGGAGACGCGCAUGUGGCUGGCCAGGCGAUCCCCUCACAAGGCUACCUACCCGGGCCUGCUGGACAACCUGGUAGAGUCCUGGCGCCCUGUUGAACAGGGGCCUCCAGGGGUGGAUUCUGCUGGCCUGACGACCACAAGGGGGAGGGACUGGGUUCGAGUAGAGCCGGGCCGCCUGUGUCUCCUCCAGGCAGCCGGAGGGAUAAGUGCGGGGCUGGGCGUGGAGGAGGCCCUGGUGAAGGAGAGCUGGGAGGAGGCCAGGCUGCCCCCGAAUCUGGCGGCCCAGGCCCGGCCAGUGGGCUGUCUCAGCUACGCCUAUGAGGAGAGGGAGCAGGCAGAGCCGAGGGCCGUAGUUCGAGAGUGCCUCUUUGUCUUCGACCUUCAAGUGCCCCAAGACUUCAGCCCCCAAGUGGGAGACGGGGAGGUCCAGGAAUUCCACCUCUGGCCCCUGGACAAGGUCCGGGAGGCUGUGAGUUCUGGCAGCUUCAAGCCCAACUGUGCCCUGGUGGUCCUGGAUUUCCUGCUCAGGCACGGACUGCUGCAUCCUGACCAGGGUAAGGGCAGGGGACAGGAGGGCACGGGCGGCAGGCCUCCGACCCCUGACCCGCUCUCUGCCCUCCCCAGAGCCCUUGUACCCAGAGCUCAUGGCAGCACUGCACCAAAGCCUGUGAGCCAGCCCAGGCCCACCCGCAGGUGGCAGGACGGGCAGAGGGGACACACAAGAGGCCAUCUGGGCUCCUGCAGGACGAGAGUCCAGGCAGAACUGUUCUCCGGGGGCCUCCCUGAUGGAAGCUUGAAGCCCGAAGUGGAGGCUCAGAAGAUCUGGUACACGGGACAGCUUUUCCACAGCAGAGCCUGGGACUUGCCGGGACCAUGGGAGCCCACCGACGUCCUCCUCUCACUCUCCCCGGGCCUUCACCCUGAAAGCUUCAAACUCCCACUGUUAGCCCGGGCCCGGCCCGGCUCCUCUCCCAAGUUCUAGGCUGUGUCCCUGCUCCCUUGAGGCCCCCACCUUUUUCACCUGGACAGCGAGGGAGCACCAUGGACCCGAGUUCAAAUCCAGCCUCAGACCCCUCAUCUCUGUGCCUCGGCUUCCUCCCCUGUGAAACAGGCUUAUCGAUCGUGACACCUGCCUCCCAGGGUUGCUGUGAGGAUCCAGUAAAGGCCACUUGUAAAGCG